AUGAUGCCUCUAAGCUCAUAUUUUACUAUUGUUGUAUUUGCUUUUUUAUUUUCUUUUACAUCUUCUGCAGCUGAUACUCAUGAAAACUUCGUUCAAUGUCUUUACAAUCAUUCCCAUAACACAACAUCAAUCUCUAAGGUUGUUUACACCCAAACCAACUCUUCUUACUCAUCUAUACUACAGUUUUCCAUUCAAAACCUCAGAUUUGCUUCCAACACAAGUCCAAAACCACUUCUCAUUGUGACCCCAAUAGAAAUAUCCCAAAUUCAAGCCACCAUAAUCUGUUCCCAACGCCAUGGCAUGCAGAUUCGAACUCGAAGUGGUGGCCAUGAUUAUGAGGGUCUCUCCUAUGUUUCUGAAGUUCCAUUUGUCAUAGUUGAUCUCAUAAACCUUCGAGAAAUCGAAGUGGACGUAGAAAACAACACUGCAUGGGUUCAAGCUGGAGCAACUGUUGGUGAACUUUACUAUAGGAUUAGUGAGAAAAGCAAAAAUCUUGGUUUCCCAGCAGGUGUGUGCACCACUAUGGGCGUUGGUGGGCACAUAAGUGGUGGUGGCUAUGGAUUCUUGAUGCGUAAAUAUGGUCUAGCUGCUGAUAAUGUAAUUGAUGCCCACAUAAUUGAUGUGAAAGGUAGGUUUCUUGAUAGAGAAUCCAUGGGUGAGGAUCUGUUUUGGGCUAUUAGAGGAGGUGGGGGAGCAAGCUUUGGUGUCAUUCUAGCAUGGAAGGUGAAACUAGUUCCAGUUCCAUCAACUGUGACUGUAUUCAGAGUUCCAAGAACAUUGGAACAAAAUGCAACCAAGCUGAUUCAUAAAUGGCAGCUUGUGGCAAAUAAACUUGAUGAGGACCUAACCAUAAGGAUCAACUUUCAAAGGGUGAAUUCAAGUCAAGAUGGGGGGUUAACAAUGCAAGCCACAUUUGAAUCCAUGUUUCUUGGAGGUUUAGAUAAGCUCAUUCCCUUGAUGCAAGAGAGCUUCCCAGAAUUGGGUUUGGUUAGAGAAGAUUGUACUGAGAUGAGUUGGGUUGAAUCAGUCCUCUAUCUUGCUGGAUUCACAAGUGGUCAAUCCCUUGAAGUUUUGAUGAACAGAACUCAAAGUGCUGUAUUGUUUUUCAAAGCAAAAUCUGAUUAUGUGAGAGAUCCCAUUCCUGAUGUUGGGUUAGAAGGGUUAUGGCCAAUGUUUUAUGAAGAUGAGGCAGAGCUUGCAUCGAUGAUACUCAAUCCUUAUGGAGGUAGAAUGGAUGAGAUUUCAGAGUCUGAAAUUCCAUUCCCACAUAGAUCUGGAAACAUAUACAAAAUUCAGCAUUUAGUGUAUUGGCAAGAGGAAGGGGAUGAGGUAGCACAAAGGCACAUCAAUUGGAUUAGAAGAUUGUAUAGUUAUAUGGAACCUUUUGUUUCAAAGUUUCCUAGAGCUGCAUAUGUGAAUUACCGAGACCUUGACAUUGGGGUAAAUAACAAUGGCUACACAAGCUACAACCAAGCCAGCAUUUGGGGUCUUAAGUAUUUUAAGAACAACUUCAACAGAUUGGUAAAAGUGAAGACCAAGGUUGAUCCUCUAAACUUCUUCAGAAACGAACAGAGCAUACCUUCUCUUAUGUUGAAGGGACGCAAAUAAAUUCCUUGGGGCAGCAAAGAUCAUAAUAAAAUAAGCUGCUUUGUUAUUUUCCUU